UCUUGGAUUAAUCCAAGCACCCUCUCCCUUUCUCUCUAAAAGAACCAAAAGUCUUUCUUUCUCUCUCUCUCUCUCUCUUUUCUUUCUUCUCUCUGAAUCAAAGACUUUUGUUUCAAUCAAUCAGAGACUUUGUUCGGAAUGGAUGUUAAUGGUAGAGGUGGUAGCUCCACCGUUCUGAGUGAAGAAGAGAUGGACCUGAGGAGAGGCCCAUGGACUGUGGAAGAAGAUCUUACACUCAUCAAUUACAUUGCUACUCAUGGCGAAGGCCGCUGGAACUCUCUCGCUCGCUGUGCAGGCCUGAAAAGAACUGGAAAAAGCUGCAGAUUGAGGUGGCUGAACUAUCUCCGCCCAGAUGUUCGACGUGGAAACAUCACUCUCGAAGAACAACUUCUGAUUCUUGAACUUCACUCCCGCUGGGGAAAUCGGUGGUCAAAGAUAGCACAACACUUGCCGGGCAGAACAGACAAUGAGAUUAAAAACUACUGGAGAACCCGGGUUCAGAAGCAUGCCAAGCAGCUGAAAUGCGACGUUAACAGCAAGCAAUUCAAGGACACCAUGCGUUAUCUAUGGAUGCCAAGGUUGGUGGAGAGGAUUCAGGCUGCGGCGGCGGCCACAUCAGGAUCAUCUCCGGCCGCCGUGGCCGCCCACCAGUUCAGUGGUAGCUGCGAUAUCGUCGCCGGAAGUGCUGCUGUUCCUCAGAUGGCAGCCGGGGGCGCCGAUUUCUACGGGGGGCAAGUCAGCACCGGUUACACCCCGGAGAAUUCUAGCACAGCGGCUUCAUCGGACUCGUUUGGAGCGCAGGUUUCACCCGUCUCGGACCUGACAGAGAUUUACAAUUUCCCGGUCAGUGACAACCAAAACCCGGAUUUUUUCCAGACCGGCCAGGUUGGGUACACAGAUUCGCUAAUCAGCCCCUCGGGUUACUUCAACCAAGGAUUGGAUUUCCAAUCCAUGGAGCCAAACACCCAGUGGUACGACGGCGGCGACACGGCCACGGCGGACAAUUUGUGGAAUGUGGAAGACAUUUGGUCCGUACAGCCGCAGUUCACCAACAUCUGAUAAACAAUAAUAAUAAAAAAAUGAGCCCAAUUUGAUAUUUGCAGGAAAUAUUGGGCCAAUAGCGAAAUACAUAAAUAUCACCAAAAUACAAUAAUCUAGGAUACAAAAUUAGAAUUUGUGAAGAAUGGAGAGGUUAAACUGUGAAUUUUUUUUUCUUUUUCUUUUUAGUUUGUAUUCCGUAUGCUUUUCUUCGGAGGGGGGGAUUUGUAAUUUGAGGUUUUUUGAAUCUCAUUCAUUGAAAUUGACCGUGUAAUUUAAAUUUUUACAUUGAUCGCUUUUCGUAUU